CGCUGGGGGAGGCGUUGCGCCUGGGGACAGGACCAGGGCAGAACGGCCCAUGUGGGAGCUUAGCGGGGAUCAGAAGGAUCUCUGGCCUCUGGGAGCUUCCAGGUUGUCGGGAGAGAUAGGGAAGUAGGCAAGCCCAAGUCAAGCAGAGGCUCAGGUGCUGGAGACCCGGGAUGUUCCAGGUCCAGUGAUAUAACAAGUGAUGUGUUUGAAGGACUUGGCAUAUAGUAAGAACUCACUAUUAGUUUUUAUAUUUAGGUGUGCUCAGUCAUUCCAGAAAUAUACUUCUAGCGUCUACUACAUGCUAGACGCACUUCUUUGCCCUUGGGCUACGCCAGUAAACAAAACAGAUUUUUAGAAUCUUUCUUUGCUCUGGUGAGGGUAAACAAACGUAACUGAGAAGUAAAUCAUCUAGUGAGCUAGAAGGCACUCUGGAGAAAAGUAGAGUAGAGACGGGGAAUAGGGAGUGCUGGUUGCACUUUGGGUAGGGUGAUCCUGGUGAGUCUGGGAGGGUGACAUUUGGAAAAAGAUUUGUGAGGUGAGUGAGUGAGUCAUGUCAUGUGGAAGAAGGGUGUUCCAGUAAUGGGGAACUGCAAGUGCAAAGUUGGGAGCAUGUCUGUGGUGUUCAGAAAGUAACAAGAAGUUCAGUUUGGCUGGAUCAGAGUGAGUGCAACAUAGAAGUAACAGGAGCCAGAUCUUGUCGAAUCUUAAAGGCUGUGGUGAGGAAUUUGUCCUUAACUGAGUGAGAUGAAGCCAUGAGAAGGUUUUGAGCAAAGGAAGCAUGUGAUCUAAUAUUUUGAAAGGAUCACUUUAGCUUCAACCCAAAGGGGUCUGUUGAAUGUCACUGUUUUAGGAACCAAAUAAACAUUUCCUGGGACAUAGCUGAUUUCAGAUAUUACUUUAUUAGCUAUUAGCCUGUUUUAUUUAUUUCUCAUUUACUCGUUUGUUGAACAGGUAAAUGUUUGAGCAUCUAUUGCUAUGUUCCAGACACUUCCUAGGCGUUGGAGAGAGUGGAGCAAGGCAAAGUUCUGCCUUCACAGAGUUUACAGUUAGUAGGCAACAAUUACAGACAAAGAGAUGGCAGUAUGAUUAUAGAAACGUUACCUUAUUGCUUAAGUUAGUUGCCAGCACUUGUAGAAAUUUCAUGCAAAAAUCAAGCUCUCUUGCUUUUCUGGGACAAUGGGAGGAGCCAGCGAUCUGAGUGACACCCCAGCCCUUUUCUCAAGAAGUGGCACCCCUUCUUUAAAGUUAGGGAUUUUCUCCAGUUCCCGGGAUAUAUUAAUUGCCAUUUGUCAUCAUGCAGAUUUAAGAAAAGGAAAGAUUUCAUAAACCUGUGUUCUGGAAAACAUCAGGUAGGUGAAGAGUGCCAUAGGUUUCCCUUGAGCUGCCCUACUUAUUUACGUUUCCUGUUUGCCCUCUGCAGGCAUUUGAUUGUCAAUCCUUGUUGCGUCCUUUGGGGAGUCCUCAGCUUGCCAUGGUGGGAAUGGGACAAGAGGGAAGAUGACACGAAGGGCCUUUACUUGAAGCUGUCUCAUUGAGUCCUUGGUCUCUGACUCUUGGCUUCAAGACACUUUGCUUGUGGUUAAAGCCUGAUGGUAAUGAGACCCUCAUGAGCUCUCUGUCUUGAGGUGGAGGUAGUUUUAUAAGCAGAUGGUUACUCCAGGGGAUGCUGAGGACGGACUGUGUAAGAGCACGUUCAAGCCCUGAGGUAACAUAGAGAUAGUAGUGAGAGCUAUCUCCUCAGAGGAUGCGGAGCCAGGUUUGGAAAGAAGACUGUUGGGACUGAGCCAGGGCGAUGAUGACAAGGUUCCUAGAAGUCAGGCUGUGGUCCUCUUGUAGUGUGAGUUGUUAAAGUAAGGGACGUUGUGGGCUAGUUAGGAUUCUGUAUUAAGCAAAUAGAAUUGACCCUUGAACACGAUGGAUUUGAACUGCUCGGGUCCACUUAUAUGUGGAUUUUUGUUCAAUAGUAAAUUGUACUGCAUGAUCCAAGAUUGGUUGAAUCCUGAGAUGCAGAACCGUGGAUACGGAGGAACCUUGUAUUCGGAUGGCUGGCCAUAAGUUAUGUGUGGAUUUUUGACUACACAGAGGGUUGAAGCCCUUGACCUCCAUGUUAUUCAAGGGUCAGCCUUAUUUUUUUAAAGUCAUUUUCUGUUCCCAGCCCCAGGCUGGGUGGUGUGUUAGGGACCCAGCAAUGCCUGAGCUAGCAUGGGCCUUUCACUUAGGGAGCUAGCUCUCGGUGGUCAGGGCUGUGAUGGAGGAAGCCCAGAGAGUUGUGAGCCCAGAGAAUGUGCCUGACUUUCCCUGGUGGGGGGAGAGGGCAGGCGUCACUUCCUGGGCAUCAUUUCCUGGAAGAGAGGGUAUUUUUUUUUUUGGAUAAUUUUAUUCUUUUAUUAAUCUUUGAUAUAUAUAUGUAUUUAUUAAUAAAAUUCAGAGUUGCUAUAUGGAGAAAUAGCUUUGUACCAAUAUUGUCUUUGUAUGUGUUUAUCAAUAAUGUAUGAGAUUGCCUCAUAUGCUCCUUUUCCUUUAUUCUCUUGCAGGCAGUAGAUGUAGUUAUCAGUUGUUUUUAAAAUUUCUAGGCAGCCAAAGGACUAACUAGUAUCACUUAAAUAAAGAAGGCAAAUUGUCCCAAAGUAGGAACAAUUUACCUUCAUUAUGGAACAUAAAGUCCUCAUAUGAAGGGGGAAGAAUUUCAUAGCUAAAAGCUUUCAACUACAGAAGAUUUAUGAGUAACUAUGUAUGUUGUUUCCAAGUGGACUCUAUAAUUAAUGUCUAGGGGUUAUCUUUGGUAUACAAUGGAUUUUGAUUUUUUAAAUAUUAUUAGAUAAUAUACAAAAGAAUAUAUUUAAUUGUAUGUAAGUUAUGAGAAAUAAUAAAAAGGAGAGGGUAUUUUGAUUGAAGUAUGAACAAGAGGCAGAAGAGAAAGGCUUUUUAUGCUGAGGACUGGCAUGGAUGAUGGACAGUGCUAUGAGAGCAUGCUGCAAGUGGUUCAGUGUGGCUCAAACCUUGCAUUUAGGAGGGGGAGCCCAGCGAGGCGGAUGAGAGGGAGAGGCAGAGGGCACAGUGUGCACUCCCAGACCAGGCUGCUAGGGAGCUGGUUCUUUACCUGAGGGCAGUAGGGAGCCGUGGCUGUGUUUUAAGCAGGGCACCAAAUGAUCAGAUUCGUGUUUUUUUGUUUUGGUUUGGUUUUGUUUGUUUUUGUGUUUUGGCCACAUGGUGCGGCGUGUGGGAUCUUAGUUCCCUGACCAGGGAUUGAACCCAUUCCCCCUGCAGAAGUGUGGAGUCUUAACCACUGGACCGCCAAGGGAGUCCCCCAGAUUCGUGUUUUAGGUCAUAGUUUCCCAAGACUGUAGGACGUUUUCCAGGUGGGAAGUAAUGAGAAGUGCUUUUAGGUGGAAUAAGAAUAAGACCUGAAGCCACAUUGACUCAUUUAGUGAGAAAGUUAUUUUCUUUUUAGUUGUACACCCUAUCUUUUAAUUGGGUCAUGGAGAAAGUUUCACUUUAGUGCUACUGUGUCUUGAACACCUUUCUGAAAUUUGCUAGUCUCUGUGUUUGGCAGGGAGAACAGGCCUUAGACUUAGCCUGCAGCAGGCAACAAUAUCAUGUUGGAACUUAGUAACAUUGCUUUUCUUUUAUCUUUAUGGUUACUUUCUGUCUAUAACUAGCUAACCUUUAAAGAGUUUUAACUUCUGAAACAUUUCAAAACAAAAAAGUUUGCCUCAGAAGUAAAAAUUUUAGUGAAUUUAAAGAAAAUAUUAGAUAAAUGGGUUGUACCGAUGUGGACAUGGCAAAAAGUCAUGAAGUUAAGGAGCGAAAGGUUGAAGUUUGGGGAACACUGUUUUGUGCGGGUCAUUUCCUUUUGUGGUUUGUAUGAAAAAGAGGGAUUGGAGGCCAAGAGACAAAGGAAGCUGGGGCAAGGAUUCAGAUUUAGAGGGCAAUGUUCUAGCCUAGGCUAGGGGCUGUGCAGAUGGGGAAUAAGGGACGGAUUGAAGAGACGAUGCUCAAAAAGCAGAAAGGUCAAGAAUUUGGUGCCUGAUGGGAGCUAGAGGAGGCAAGCACAGGUCUAGGGGAAGACACAGAGGCCAGUUUGGGGUGUGGUGGUUGUGAAGGGCUCAGAGGACAUCUGAGGAAGGUAUCCAGGAGGCUGCUGGCACAGGAGGGUCUCUAGUUCUGGAAAAAAGUAGGGGACUGGAGACCGAUGGGAUGUCAUCUACAGAGACAGUAGAGGAGGAGCGGCGGAGUGCAGCAGGUAGUGAGAAGGAGGAAGAGCCUGAGGAAGAAGAGGAGGAGGAAGAGGAGGAGGAAUAUGAUGAGGAAGAGGAGGAGGAAGAUGAUGACCGGCCCCCCAAGAAACCCCGCCACGGCGGCUUCAUUCUGGAUGAGGCUGAUGUGGACGAUGAGUAUGAGGAUGAGGACCAGUGGGAGGAUGGAGCAGAGGACAUCCUGGAGAAAGAAGAGAUUGAAGCCUCCAAUAUCGACAAUGUUGUCUUGGAUGAAGACCGUUCCGGGGCUCGCCGCCUACAAAACCUCUGGAGGGACCAGCGAGAAGAAGAACUGGGCGAGUAUUACAUGAAGAAAUACGCAAAGUCAUCUGUGGGAGAGACGGUGUAUGGAGGAUCCGAUGAGCUCUCGGAUGACAUCACCCAGCAGCAGCUGCUCCCGGGAGUCAAGGAUCCCAAUCUGUGGACUGUCAAAUGUAAGAUUGGGGAGGAACGGGCCACAGCCAUUUCCUUGAUGCGCAAGUUCAUUGCAUACCAGUUUACAGACACGCCCCUGCAGAUUAAGUCGGUAGUGGCACCAGAGCACGUGAAGGGCUACAUCUACGUGGAGGCCUACAAGCAGACCCAUGUGAAGCAGGCCAUCGAGGGCGUGGGCAACCUGCGGCUUGGCUACUGGAACCAGCAGAUGGUGCCCAUCAAGGAGAUGACAGAUGUGCUCAAAGUGGUGAAGGAGGUGGCCAACCUGAAACCAAAAUCCUGGGUCCGCCUCAAGCGGGGCAUCUAUAAGGACGACAUCGCUCAGGUGGAUUACGUGGAGCCCAGCCAAAACACCAUCUCCCUAAAGAUGAUCCCGCGCAUCGACUACGACCGCAUCAAGGCCCGAAUGAGCUUGAAAGACUGGUUUGCCAAAAGGAAGAAGUUUAAGCGGCCUCCACAGAGGCUAUUUGAUGCAGAAAAGAUCAGGUCCCUGGGGGGUGAUGUUGCCUCUGAUGGUGACUUCCUCAUCUUCGAGGGGAACCGUUACAGCCGGAAGGGCUUUCUGUUCAAGAGCUUUGCCAUGUCUGCUGUGAUCACGGAGGGUGUGAAGCCCACACUCUCUGAGCUGGAGAAAUUUGAGGACCAGCCAGAGGGCAUCGACCUCGAGGUGGUGACUGAAAGCACAGGGAAGGAGCGGGAACACAACUUCCAGCCUGGGGACAACGUGGAGGUGUGUGAGGGUGAGCUCAUCAACCUGCAGGGCAAGAUCCUCAGCGUGGAUGGCAACAAGAUCACCAUAAUGCCCAAGCACGAGGACCUCAAGGACAUGCUGGAGUUCCCGGCCCAGGAACUUCGGAAGUACUUCAAGAUGGGGGACCACGUGAAGGUGAUUGCCGGCCGGUUCGAGGGCGACACAGGCCUCAUUGUGCGGGUGGAGGAGAACUUCGUCAUCCUCUUCUCGGACCUCACCAUGCACGAGCUGAAGGUGCUCCCCCGGGACCUGCAGCUCUGCUCGGAGACGGCAUCAGGUGUGGAUGUCGGGGGCCAGCAUGAAUGGGGGGAGCUGGUGCAGCUGGACCCCCAGACUGUGGGUGUCAUCGUGCGACUGGAGCGGGAGACCUUCCAGGUGCUGAACAUGUAUGGGAAGGUGGUGACUGUCAGGCACCAGGCUGUGACCCGGAAGAAGGACAACCGCUUUGCCGUGGCCCUGGACUCAGAACAGAACAACAUCCAUGUGAAAGACAUUGUCAAGGUCAUUGAUGGCCCCCACUCAGGCCGGGAGGGCGAGAUUCGCCAUCUCUUCCGCAGCUUCGCCUUCCUGCAUUGCAAGAAACUGGUAGAGAACGGGGGCAUGUUUGUCUGCAAGACCCGCCAUCUGGUGCUGGCAGGGGGCUCGAAGCCGCGAGAUGUGACCAACUUCACAGUAGGUGGCUUUGCCCCUAUGAGCCCCCGGAUCAGCAGCCCCAUGCACCCCAGUGCUGGAGGUCAGCGUGGUGGCUUUGGCAGCCCGGGUGGUGGCAGCGGCGGCAUGAGCAGGGGCCGGGGGCGGAGAGACAACGAGCUCAUCGGCCAGACUGUGCGCAUCUCCCAGGGGCCUUACAAAGGCUACAUUGGCGUGGUAAAAGAUGCCACGGAGUCCACAGCCCGCGUGGAGCUGCACUCCACCUGCCAGACCAUCUCAGUGGACCGUCAGCGCCUCACCACAGUGGGCUCACGGCGCCCGGGCGGCAUGACCUCGACCUAUGGGCGGACACCCAUGUAUGGCUCCCAGACGCCAAUGUACGGCUCUGGCUCCCGCACGCCCAUGUACGGCUCUCAGACGCCUCUCCAGGAUGGUAGUCGCACCCCGCAUUAUGGCUCUCAGACGCCCCUGCAUGAUGGCAGCCGCACUCCUGCCCAGAGUGGGGCCUGGGACCCCAACAAUCCUAACACACCGUCACGGGCUGAGGAAGAAUAUGAGUACGCGUUCGAUGAUGAGCCUACACCAUCCCCACAGGCCUAUGGGGGCACCCCCAAUCCCCAAACACCUGGCUACCCAGACCCCUCGUCCCCGCAGGUCAACCCACAGUACAACCCGCAGACGCCAGGGACGCCAGCCAUGUACAACACAGACCAGUUCUCCCCCUAUGCAGCCCCCUCCCCGCAAGGCUCCUACCAGCCCAGCCCCAGCCCCCAGAGCUACCACCAGGUGGCGCCAAGCCCAGCAGGCUACCAGAACACCCACUCCCCAGCCAGCUACCACCCCACCCCCUCGCCCAUGGCUUAUCAGGCCAGCCCCAGCCCAAGCCCUGUUGGCUAUAGUCCGAUGACACCUGGAGCUCCCUCCCCUGGUGGCUACAACCCACACACACCGGGCUCAGGCAUUGAGCAGAACUCCAGCGACUGGGUGACCACUGACAUCCAGGUGAAGGUGCGGGACACCUACCUGGAUACACAAGUGGUGGGGCAGACAGGUGUCAUCCGCAGUGUCACGGGAGGCAUGUGCUCCGUAUACCUGAAGGACAGCGAGAAGGUUGUCAGCAUCUCCAGUGAGCACCUGGAGCCCAUCACCCCGACCAAGAACAACAAGGUGAAGGUGAUCCUGGGUGAGGAUCGGGAAGCCACAGGUGUCCUGCUGAGCAUUGAUGGCGAGGAUGGCAUAGUCCGCAUGGACCUUGAUGAACAGCUCAAGAUCCUCAACCUCCGCUUCCUGGGGAAGCUCCUGGAGGCCUGAGGCAGGCAGGGUGGACUUUGGCAGAUGAAUCUGGUAGAUGGAGAGUGUCCCUCCUUCCUUUCCUGGCCCUUGGCUCUGACACAGGAUCUGGGCCCUGGAGCAGGGCUAGCCGGGUUGAUCAGGAUUUCUUUUAUUUUCCUUUCUGGGUUCCUGUCUCCCUCCCUGAUAUUCAUGGGAAUCAGAGUAGAGUCGACAGGGACAGUCCCCACCUUCCCCAGCUUUCUUUUGUGUUACGGUCUUUCAAUAAAAAGCUGUUUGGUCAAAA